AUUUUUGCCCGCCUGAUCAAUGUAAUUUUUCUGCCAACACGUUCGUCACUCGUUUUGAAGUCCCUCUGCCAGCAACAUUAAACAGAUUUUCCUGUAAAAUCGAACAACAACCAGAGAACUGAUCAGCUCAUAUUACACACUACAUAGAGUCGCAUAAAUUGCAUUCCGUAUUACAAAACUAAAGAGAUCAUCAUGUUCGAGGCACGCCUGGGUCAAGCUACCAUCCUGAAGAAGAUUCUCGACGCCAUCAAGGAUCUGCUGAACGAGGCCACCUUCGACUGCAGUGAUUCGGGAAUUCAGCUGCAAGCCAUGGACAACUCUCAUGUGUCUCUGGUGUCGCUGACACUGCGCUCCGAUGGAUUUGACAAGUUCCGCUGUGAUCGCAAUCUCUCGAUGGGCAUGAAUCUGGGGAGCAUGGCCAAAAUUCUGAAGUGCGCCAACAACGAGGACAACGUGACAAUGAAGGCGCAGGAUAAUGCGGACACAGUUACCAUCAUGUUCGAGUCGGCUAAUCAGGAGAAGGUCUCCGACUAUGAGAUGAAACUAAUGAAUCUCGAUCAGGAGCAUUUGGGUAUACCCGAGACGGACUUCUCCUGUGUAGUCCGCAUGCCAGCCAUGGAGUUUGCUCGCAUUUGCCGUGACUUGUCCCAGUUCAGUGAGUCGGUGGUCAUUUGCUGCACCAAGGAAGGCGUGAAGUUCUCGGCCAGCGGUGAUGUGGGCACUGCCAACAUUAAGCUGGCCCAAACUGGCAACGUUGACAAGGAGGAGGAGUCGGUCACCAUUGAAAUGCAGGAGCCAGUUACGCUGACGUUCGCCUGUCGCUACCUGAACGCCUUCACAAAAGCCACUCCAUUGUCCACCCAAGUGCAGCUGUCGAUGUGUGCAGAUGUGCCCCUGGUAGUAGAGUACGCAAUCAAAGAUCUGGGCCACAUACGCUACUACCUGGCGCCCAAGAUCGAAGAUAACGAGACAUAAGGCAACACGAAACAAGAGUCUGUCCUGUCCUCUCAUAUUUAUAUGUCACUUAAUGAAUCAUCUGCCUCAUACGUAACUUUUAAGAAUCAACAAAAACAGCAUCUUUUCCUCAAUAAAAACAAGCCUGUAACAAAGUCUUA